AUGUCACACCCUCCUGCUGUGAAGGACAAUCAGCAGCAUCAAGGCUCUACGCACAACAGUGUAGCGACUGACAAUCCUGCCUCAGAGGUCAUGGUCGCAUCUUUGGCCUCGUGGUCGCCGAAAAACAGCGCAAGCGCCGCAGCUCUUCCAAAUCAGGAAGCGUGCCUUCACACUGCUGACUCAAUUGGUCAUUCAGGUAGCCCCAUUAUGGACGUAUCACCCGCAAUGCCUUCGAUGCCUUUCACGCCACCGAUGUCGUCGUCUCCCAAAGCUCAAGAUGCCACGAUCCGGAUGAUGUUGGCACACAUGUACCGGACCGGUCAGCGCGAAGAGUGGCUUCACGAUGAUGGCGCCGACUACGAACAAGAGGGUGUAUUCAUGCUGUGUCCGACCGCUCUCCACGGGAUUUACGCCCAUCCAGCCGAAGCCGAGUCAGAGAUUGAAUGGGUCAAGGAGCUGUUGGUGUCGGUGCAAGCGUCUUGCGCCGUGAUCGCCAAGCCUGCCAGCACAUACGAGCUGCUCAAGCACGUGUCUUUGCAUCCGUCCCUCAUACUCGAGACCGGAGAAGAGAUUCCAAUUGUGGACGACCUGUCGCAAGUUUCAAUGUUGGCAAGUACGUCGGGUUGCUUGUUGCUUCGCUCGACGGGAAUGGCCGUCUCGUACGGUAGCGCCAUCGACGUCUUGCACAUGGCGCGGCAGCUGGACGCUGCUCUGGUCACUUCUCUGUUCGCUUUCACGAUGCCUGCUUUGCCGUCGUCUAUUCACAUGGCAGCCACCGUUGCGCAGGAGGAGCAACAGCACGACGAUGAAGUUCGAGCGGUCAUGCACCAGCAACCUAAUGCGCAGCAGCGUGAGUGGCUAUCGUCGCUGCCACCCAGUGACAAGCCUGACAAGCAGGCCAGUUCCGACGAUUCGAUGCUUUCUGGUGAGAAGGAAAUCACCGAAAAAAGCGUUGCGCCCGUCGUUCUGUUCGAUCAAGAAACGGGAGAAACCGUGCUAGAACCGGAACGUACCUCGACCCACGUGGCUGCUCUGCUCUCCGGACUUGGCGUCGCAGUCAACAUGGUCAUAAUGUCACUCUUUGCGCGCGACGUCGUGAUCAACACGCUGGCCGACAGCAACUACAUGCGGGCCGUUCUUCUGGUCGCCAUUGUGCCCCGUUUCCUGGUUGCCCAGUACUUCUGCGACCACAUUAUUCUGAUCCUGGCGCAGCUUAUCUUUCCCGUUUCGCAGAUGCAUCGCAACUCUCUCUACUACUCUGGAGCGCCCAGUGCGCCGCUUGCCAAGGACCAUAGGCUUCCACACUUUACCGUCCAUAUGCCAUGCUACAAGGAAGGGCUGCAAACUGUGCUGGCACCCAGUCUGAAGAGCGUAAUGGAUGCUGUGCAUGCGUACCGCGCGCAAGGCGGUACCGCCAACGUCGUCAUUUCGGAAGACGGCCUUCGUCUGCUAGGCAAGCAGGAGGCGGAAGAACGCGUUCGAUUCUACAAUGCUAUGGGAUGCUCAUGGGUAGCACGGCCAGCCGAUGGCGAAAAAGGAUACAAGCGUCUUGGUCGUUUCAAAAAGGCUUCGAACCUCAACUUUACCUACACUCUGUCUCUGCGUCUCGAGCAGAUCAUUGAUGAGAUCUCCACCACACGACGACAGCAACGCAUUGCUGCUCAGAGCAGCAACGCAAGCGCCAAUUUCAGCGAGACCGGAGCCGAGAUCGAAGCCGAAGACCAGGCCAUCUACGCAGAGGCUUUGCAACGCGUUCUGGACGAGUCUGAUGGCCGUGCUUGGGCGACAGGCAACAUCCGCAUGGGCGACUACAUCUUGCUAAUCGAUUCGGACACGCGAGUUCCGGAGAAUUGCCUCAUGCAGGCAGCUGCUGAGCUGGAACGUUCGCCUGACGUCGGUGCGCUGCAGCACUGCUCCGGCAUCACCUACGUACAGCAUCACUACUUCGAACGCUUGCUCGGAUACUUCGUUGGUGUCUUCACAAACUUCAGCAUCUCUUGGGUCUGUUCCAAUGGCGCCAUGGCGCCUUUGAUGGGACAUAAUGUCUUCUUGCGAUGGACCGCCUUACAGCAAGUAGCCGACAAGAGGCUUUUGCAGGAGGAACGUCAGAUCUUCUCGUCGCAGCAUGUCUCUGAAGACUAUGAGCUGGCGAUGCGCUUGCAAAUGGCCGGCUACUGCGUCCGGUGGGCAACGUAUUCCAACCAAGCGUUCCGAGAGGGUGUCUCGCUCAACCCAACCGACGAAAAGGCGCGCUGGCAGAAGUACGCUUUCGGUGCAUGCGAGAUCCUCUUCAAUCCGUUCGUGCGCUGGUACAAGGGCCCCUUCACCUCCCUAUUUUGGCGUUUUAUGUGGUCGCGAAACGUACGCACUGCGGGAAAGCUGAGCAUGCUGUCCUACCUGUUCUCCUACUUUGCUCUGGGCGUGUCGCUUCCGCUUACGGUUCUUAUGACCGUCAUCCAAGGGCUGUUCUGGCCGACACUAGACACCUCCUUCAAACCCGUGUUUGACACUUGGAUUUCAGUCAUGGUGGUUUUCAACUUUGCUGGCGCCAUCGGCUUAGUCACAGUGCGAGCUCGUGCUGGUCACAGCACCCUGCUACAGUCGCUUUGGGAAGGAGUUAAGCAUUUGCCUGCCAUCAUUGUCUUUUUCUCCGGAAUUACCUACCACGUUGCCGCUUCCAUCUUGGCCUACUUCUUCUCCGUUCGGAUGACAUGGCAGGCGACCAGCAAGGACUUCCAGCAAACUUCGAUCAAGCAAGUCAUCCGUCGCUUCUGGCACUGCUACUUGACAAUGACGCUGCUUCUGGUUGUCAGUGUUGUUGCAGUGAGUCCGCUGGUACCACUUGGCUGGCGUAUUGGCACGUUUACGAUUCUUUUCCCGUUGUUCUUGGCCAUCAUCAUGCACUUCCUUUUCCCGAUCCUGCUGGAUCCUGGUAUCCUGCACAAGUUCAUCCCUCGAUACUAUGCUGCAAAGGCCAAGGCGGUUGAGCCCUCGCGUGCUUUCUUCUAUGGCGCCAACGCUGAAGGCGCCCAGCCGGGUCAGUUCCGCAUGACGUUCGACGACGAGAAGGCGGGUAUGCACAAAUCAUCCAGCUCCU